GCAUUUUGCUGGGACCUCUAGGUCUGCAGCAGCGUCAGUGCUGAGGGAGGAGGAGUGAGAUGGGUAUUCUGAGUGUAAGUUUGUGUUUGAGAUCGUGGAGGAGAUCGGUGGAUUUUCAUUGCCUGAGGAGAGAAGAGCUCGGAUGGCACCUCAUCAAGGAACCGUGAACUUUGGUAGAAGUUGUUUUGGGAGAACCCCUGUGGAGGCAAAUGCAGUUAGUGCUGAGAUGAAAAGGCCUCUCUGCUUCAACUUGUCUCUGUCUUCCUUCGUCAAAUGAUGUCAUUCAAAUAGCAGUGGGAGUUUUAUCAGCUCUUGAGGAGACUUUCCCUUGUGUGCAAACUUGUACCACUGAAGGCUGACACUGUGGUGGAGGAAAAUGGAGCUCGCAGAUCUCCUGGUGUUUGCCUCCGCAGAAGUGAACAGUACAACAGUCACCCUGGCUUUACUGGUGAUACUCAUGGUUCUUCUGUACUGGUACUCCACCUCUGCCUUCUCCAAACUCAGCAAGGUGGGAAUCAGGCAUCCUUCACCUCUUCCCUUCAUUGGAAACCUGCUCUUUUUCCGAGAGGGCUUUUGGGAAAACCACACAAAACUCAUAACGGAGUAUGGACCUGUUUGUGGGUACUAUAUUGGUCGCCAGAUGUUUGUGGUGAUCUCCACACCUGAGGUGAUCAAGCAGAUCUUAGUGACAGACUUCAGUAACUUCACCAACAGAAUUAAGCCGAACUUAAUUUCCAAGCCGAUGCUUGACAGCAUCCUUUGUCUUCGUGAUGAGAGAUGGAAGUAUGUCCGGAGCCUGCUGACCCCAGCCUUCAGUGAUGCCAAACUGAAAGAGAUGAUACCACUAAUAAACCGGGCCUGUGAUGUCCUGCUGAGUAACUUGAAAGUCUAUGCAGAUUCUGGCAGAGCUUUUGAUAUCCAAAGGUGUUACAACUGCUUUACUUUGGAUGUUGUUGGUAGCGUAGCUUUUGGCACUGAAGUGGACUCUCAGAAGAACCCCGAUGACCCCUUUGUUAAGAAUUGCAGAACAUUCUUUGAGAUGUCUUUGUUUAAGCCUCUUCUUUUUCUAAUCCUUUCUUUCCCAUCCAUAAUGAUCCCAUUGCUUCAGAUUCUGCCAAACAAGAAGCAAAAGGAACUGAAUGGAUUUUUUAUUCAAACUAUAAAAAAUGCAGUUGUCUUCAGAGACCAGCAAGAUGCAGCUGAGAGGCGUAGAGAUUUUCUCCAGUGGAUGCUUGACUCCCGCAACUCAGCUGAUGCCUUGGCAGGUGGAUAUUUUGAUAAGGUCUGUCCAGCCACCACUUCCAGCCAGAAUGAGGUGCCUCUUGACACGACCUCAUCUGAAAAGGCUCAGAAGAUGCUAACUGAGGAUGAGAUAGCAGGCCAAGCUUUUCUCUUCCUGAUUGCUGGAUAUGAGACCACCACUAGCACACUGUCCUUUGCCACUUACUUGCUAGCAACCAACCCGGAAUGCCAGGAGAAGCUGCUUCAGGAGAUAGAUGAGUUCUCAGCAAAACACGUGGUUACCGACUAUCAAAAUGUACAGGAGCUCCCUUACCUGGACAUGGUGAUUGCAGAGACAUUGCGCAUGUUUCCACCUGCAUUCAGGUUCACUCGGGAAGCAGCUAAGGACUGUGUGGUGCUGGGACAGCGUAUUCCUGCAGGGGCUGUCAUUGAAACUGCAGUUGGACACCUCCACCACAACCCAGAGUUCUGGCCAGAGCCAGAGAAAUUCAUUCCUGAGAGGUUUACAGAGGAGGCCAAGAAGGAGCGACAUCCCUUUGCAUAUCUGCCCUUUGGAGCAGGUCCCCGUGGCUGUAUUGGUAGGAAGAUGGGUUUGCUGGAGACCAAGAUGACUCUGCUGAGGAUUUUGCAGAUGUUUCGAUUUAAGAUUUGCCCAGAAACGGAGAUUCCUUUGCAGCUGAAAUCGAAAGCCACACUUGGACCAAAAAAUGGAGUCUACAUUAUCCUAGAGUCUCGCUAAAAGAGAACAUACAUUCUGUAACCUCCUGGAAUGGGACCUCGUUUAAUGACUUACUGAAUAUUAGUAUUUUUCAAGUACCCCAAGACAGGUAGGAACCCGAGUCCCACUGAAGGUCAACAGAUGCUGCCUAAUUUCCACCUGGUGGGAGAGUUUCAAGCCACUUUUUGAAAUGAGAUGCGAGCUUCACAGUCACUUGGUGGUUUUCAAAUUGCUGUGAAUAAUAUCUGUAAAGAAGCACAUGACUUUUACCAGCUUUUCUAAUUACACUUCCUUUUACUCAUCUAUAAGAAGGUUUUCUCCACACUCUAGUUCAAUGGAUGGAGCAGGUGUUAAGUGUACACUAGAUUUACGAUAGGUUUUAAUUACCAUUCAUUAGCUAACACAUUCUGUCAAUGCACUUAUAAAACCCUGCUUUAGAAAAAGCCCAAGAGACACCACAGUUAUAGCAGAAGAGUUGGAAUCCAGCGCAUUGGUUUUUAUCCUGAAUUUUGCUUGAAAUCAAAGCUGAAUCUCCUGCACAAUAUUUAACCUCUCCUUGUCCCUGCAAAGUAGAAAAGGUGUCUCCUUCAUGCUUUUGAAGUGUUUUGAAAUACACUUAGAUUAACAAUUUGCACUUGGCUCAUUACAUCAGUGUGCCUGAAGAGGAAUGAAGAGUUCCCCCAUUUGCCUUUUAGAUUCCAGUAAGUAAGACUGAAGAAGUGAGGUGACAACUAUUUUGUUAGUUAAGAACCGCUGUUGGAAAAGUUGACAAAAAUAAGACAUGAGUUUAAAGGAAGCAAGAGGAUUGGAGAAGCUUUAAUGAUAAUCAGAUGUUAUAUAAUAUCUGCUUCACUGCUCUGAGGCCUAUUCUUUCCAAGCAUUACAAUUGACACCUUUAUCUCAUUGACUUGAUGGUUCUGCAUGGGCUAAAGCCAAUGGCCAGGGAGUGGGAUCCAAGAUCAUCCAUCCCAGCAGUUCUCUUGGCUCCUUAUGUGACCCUACAGCAAAUCGUGUCCCAAGUGCCUGAUGAUGUUCUGUGCUAAGUACAGCAUUUCUCUUCGUUGGGAUGCACGGAGAAGCGUUGUAACAGCAGUGGGAAGAGACUGACUGCUCAGCUUCCCUGCAGGGAUUGCUGGAAGGAGCCAUCUGUUUGCUGAUCCCUAGCUGUAGAUUCUCUCCAGCAAGCACCUUUUGCUGCCUUCUUCCCACAUGCUGCCUUCACACUGAUCAAAUUGCUGUGUCUCAAUCUUGGAAGAUUUUGUCUUUUUUCUUUUAUGAGCUUUCUUUUUUUUAAUCAGAUCUGUACAGGGAACAGUGAAGUGCUGUCCUGGCAAUUGUGGGAUUGUUCCUAUUUAUGUGGAAUAUCUCUGGUAGGCUGACCAGAAGUGUCCUAUUACAGGCUAUGGAUUACCGAUGGAGUAACUGUUAUUCGAAAAGCAGCAGAGUGUAUAUGUCUUAACUUCUACAAGUUAUCCAACACCUUUUCCUCUUGAAAGCAGCGCACUGAUAGCUGAUUUCCUGUGCAGCUUAUAGGAACAAGUGGCAGAAGGUUGGAUGGUCCUUGCCUAGAAACUUCCCAGCUACCUAAAUGAGCAGAAGGCUCAUUUCACAGUCUAAAGAAGUUGGCCAUUUUGGACUUCCUUGGCUCCUCGGUGUUUGUUAUUUUCAAUUGUUUCUUCCUUAUGUAAAUUAGCAGGUCUUUGUGCACUUUGUUUUUGAAUACUUACUCCCAUGUAAAUGAAGGUUGUGUCUUGCUUCAGCGUGCUUUUGUACAGUAUGUUGUUGUUUGAGCACUGCUCAUCUAUUCUGCUUAUCAGAAUCCUGUUUAUAUCCUUGGUAUUUAUCAUCUGAGAGCUCCACUCAUGUGUAGGGCAGCUAAACAGCUCACAUUGCUGUGGCUAAACAGAGCACUGUCAUCGUGAAUGUCAUGUUAACUCUGCUGGGAGAAAAACAGUACUGCAGUGGCUGCAACUGUGCAUCACAUUUUACAGGCUUGGAAAUUGCACAGAGUCUUUCCCUGUUGCUUCUAAAUUGAACAGACAGUACACAACUAAAGUCAGCUGAGUUGAUACAGCCACCAGACGCUGCACAGCCUUCCAUUGUACUAGGAUGCUUAAUGAUGCUGGCCCUGUCCUAGGCUCAGCAAUGUGCUGCUGGAGGAGCAGUACUGCUCUGGUCCCUGGGAGCACCCACUCAGUGAGAUGUGAGACUGCCAGCAGCUCUUCGAAAGAGAAACAGGUAACAGCACAGUAACCGCAGGAAUAAGGAAGAUGAUGUAAAAUAAUUUUCUCUCCUCAGUACCUGUAAGUGUGUUGUCUUGUAUUGCUGAGCUGCGGGCAUGUUUAAAACUGGGCAUGUCUGCUUGCCAAGAAGCUAGCUGUCAUUCUCUGAGAGGUCAUAGGAAGGAAAGGCUGCUCGGUAAAGGAAAGCAUCUAUUAAAACCGUCUUCUAGAACUCUGCAACGAUUACUGAAAUUGGUCAGUAUAAAAUAGUAUUUAUAAUGACUGCUGCAAUGAUAGAAAACCUUUACAGUUUUGUACUUUCAUUAGGUUUUACGCUUCAGUAUCCUUGGAGUCAGGCAUUAGAAAUGAUUAUGCUGGGCUAAUUGCAAAUGUGAAUGCUCUAUUCUAUUUGGCAUUAAACAACAGAAUUUUCUCUGUAUGUGAUACUCUCUGUGACCAACUGCUCAUUUUCUUCUAUUAAACGAUGAUUUCAUCUUAAA